AUGGCACCGGAUAUUAAUGCCCUAGCCAACUUCGAGACUGAUGGCUACGCCACAAAUGGCGUACCCAGAGAUCCAAAAUAUGAGAUACCGGAUAUCAUUAUGCAUGCUCCCAUGGUCCGCAAGAUCCGUGUGCUCAGCAUUGGCGCUGGUGUGACAGGUAUCAUGAACUCCUACUUCAUUCAAAAGGAGUUAGAGAACGUUGAGCAUGUUGUCUACGAUAGAAAUGCCGACAUAGGAGGCACAUGGCUGGAGAACAGAUAUCCUGGCUGUGCAUGCGAUAUCCCGUCUCACGCCUACACAUUGCCCUUCGCUCUCAAUCCGGACUGGCCUAGAUUCUUCUCUUACAGUCCAGACAUCUGGAAGUACCUCGACAAGGUAUGCGAAGUGUGGGGGCUGCGCAAAUAUAUGCGUUUCAAUCACGAGGUUGUGGGAUGUUACUGGCAGCAAGAGACUGGAGAGUGGCUCGUCAAGAUCAAAGAGACAAAGGCUGAUGGCAGCACGAGACUGUUCGAUGAUCGAUGCCACUUUCUGCUUCACGGUACUGGCAUUCUGAACAACUACAAAUGGCCAAACAUUGAGGGCAUGGACAAAUUCAAAGGUCGUAUAGUUCACACUGCACGCUGGCCCAAGGAAUACCAAGCUGAGCAAUGGAAGAACGAUCGUGUCGCUGUGAUCGGAUCCGGCGCCAGCUCGAUCCAGACUGUACCUACUAUGCAGCCGCACGCCAAACACCUGGAUGUCUUCGUCAGGACAGGAGUCUGGUUCGUGCAAAUUGCCGAUAAUCAUGGUCACAACCACGAAUACACAGAUGAACAAAAGAAGGAGUUCAGAGAUCCACAAAAGAUGGUCGAGCAUGCUAAGAGCAUCGAGGACCAAGUCAACGGCUUGUGGGGUGGAUUCUACAAGAACGCCACAGCUCAGUUUGAAGGUCAGAAGAUGCUCAAGGCUCGAAUGGCUGAGUUUAUCAAGGACGAGAGGUUGCUCAAAGGAUACACACCAGAGUUUGGCUUUGGGUGUCGCAGAAUCACGCCGGGUGAUCCAUACAUGAUGGCAAUACAGAAAGAAAAUGUGGAUGUCCAUUUUACACCAGUUGUAAAGAUCGACGAAAGUGGUGUGAUUGGCGAAGACGGUACACGAUGCGAGUGCGAUACUAUUGUUUGUGCCACUGGCUUCGAUGUCAGCUAUCGACCCAGAUUCCCGAUAGUGGGCCAGGAUGGUAUCGAUCUUGCCGACAAAUGGAAGGUAUGUCCAGAAGGAUAUCUAGGACUCGGCAUACCAGGAUUUCCGAAUUUCCUGACCUUCAUUGGGCCAAGCUGGCCUGUAGAGAAUGGAAGCGUGAUGGGUCCACUUCAUGAAGUAUCGCGAUAUGCUCUCCAAAUGAUCAAGAAGAUUCAAACGGAAUACAUCUGCAGCAUUGCCCCGAAGCAGGACAUUACCGAUGAGUUUAAUGCACACACACAGGAAUGGAUCCGCCACACAGUAUGGAACGAAUCGUGCAGAAGUUGGUACAAGGACAACGAGACUGGCCGCGUCAAUGCUAUCUGGCCCGGCAGCUCCCUGCACUACAUUGAAGCUAUCAGGGUUCCUCGAUACGAGGACUUUGAAAUUACAUACCUUGGACCAGCGAAGAAGAACAGAUGGGCAUACCUGGGUAUGGGUACGGUCAGAGAGCUGGUUGAGAAGGGAGAUGUCAGCCCUUACCUGAGUGUGGACAACAUCGACCCGAAAUGGAUGAGGGCUAUGAACAUGGAUAUGGACAAGGUGCUUGAGAGCAAAGUUGCCCGGGUGAAGAAGGAGUGGGAGGGCAAGAUGGCUACUGAAGGGGAUACCGAGAAGCAUGUCGAGCAGAUUUCAAUAUCGUGA